AUGCGCGCUACGUACAACGAGUACAUGAAUGUGCAUAUUACCUCGGUGGCCGUGGUGACCCAGGCCUUCAGCCCGUUGUUGCACAGGCCGUCGGCACCCAAGGUCAUCACCGUUACAUCCGGGCUCGGGAGCAUCACCAACGUGCUGUCGCCGCGGCGGAUGGCGCGCGCCCCGCCGUAUGGCGCCAGCAAGGUGGGAAUGAACGGGCUGGCGGCACACCUGCAGGUGGGCGAGAACGAGCGCGCGGCAGCGGGGGAGGAUGCGAAGCCUCGUAUCCGGUUUUUCAUCUCGAACCCGGGCCGGUUGAAGACGGCGUUCUCCAAUUACAUCGCGUGGGGGAAGGAGCCGCAGGCGGGCGCGGAGAGUAUCGUGCAGCUGAUGGGCGAUGAGGAGGGGAAGAUGCGCGUUGUGCCGUGGUGAUUCCUGCACAGAACAAGAAUAGGUCCCUAUCAUGUCAAGCAAUGUGGAACCGAGCCAGAUUGCGUUCGGGUCGUUCCGAGCAUAUAUACCCAUUAUAGUACGGAGUCCAG